UGAGGCUGAACUUAUGUAAACAAUGUCCGUGUUCGAGGUUGUGAGGUCGGCUUGUCAUCAUCGCCUUUACCGCUGUUAUUGAACAAAAUACGGGUUGAUAUUUAGUCACAAUGUAUCGACGUGCAGCUUGCAAUUUUGUGCGCCCCCUUUGGUGUACAAGUCAGAAUAUUGUCAGAAGAUGUGCAACAGAAGCCCCCGUUGUGGUAAAGAAGAAGCGGAGAGUUUUAGCCACAAUCGGGAAGGUUCUUGGUGGCGUGGCUGUAGCAGUGCCAGCGGCUGGGGGGGUGUACUAUGCAUUCGCUGAUGACUUGACCAAGAGGCAGAUGAGGGUCACGGUUGAGGGAGUAGGGAGAUUCUUCAGGAGUUUGCGUAUUGGCCUGAUGAUCUCAGUGGACUACAAAUGGUCGACUUAUGGCCUGGACGAGGACAGUGAUCUUUAUUCUUCAGCAUUAUCGGCAGCUCACCAGCGAUCAGCUGAGCGAAUUCUCGAUGGUUGUCUCAAGAAUGGUGGAUUGUAUGUAAAGCUGGGCCAGGGGUUAGUGUCCAUGAAUCACAUAUUGCCAAAGGAAUAUCUGGAAACAUUAAAGGCUCUGCAAGAUAGAUGUCUCAACCGUAAAUGGGAUGAAAUUGGCACACUCUUUCAAGAAGACUUUGGGUGUUCACAUAAAGAAAUAUUUAGUGAGUUUGAUGAUGAGCCCAUUGCAGCAGCCAGUUUAGCCCAGGUAUUCCGCGCCAAGACACACAGUGGAGAAGAAGUUGCCGUCAAAGUGCAAUACAUUGACCUUCAGGAUCGGUUCUGGGGAGACAUCACUACCAUUGAGCUGCUCCUGGAGAUCAUACAAAUAAUGCAUCCAAAAUUUGCCUUGAAAUGGGUUCUCAAGGACCUGAAAGGUACCCUGGAGCAAGAGCUGGACUUCAUUAACGAAGGCCACAAUGGGGAGCGCUGUGCUAGAGAACUUUCAAAAUUCAAGUAUGUACAUGUUCCAAAAGUCCACUGGGAUUGCUGUAGUAAGAGAGUUUUAACAACCGAGUACAUACACGGCUUCAAGGUUAGUGAUGUAUCAGGUAUGGAGAAGGCCGGAAUAAAUAUCGAAGACGUUGACAAGAAGCUCAUAAAUGCGUUUGCCGAACAGAUAUUUCACACUGGUUUUGUCCAUGCUGAUCCACAUCCUGGUAAUGUUUUAAUUCGGCCAAGCAAACGUGGUGACGCCGAGAUUGUGAUCCUUGAUCAUGGUUUGUAUCAAUUCCUCCCAACCAGCGUGAGACAGCCUCUGUGUCGAUUGUGGAAAGCUAUUGUGGUUGGAGACCAUAAAAACAUGCAAAAGAAUUCUGCAGAACUGGGUGUACGAGCUCUAGAAUACCGGCUCUUUUGCAUUGCUCUAGCGCAGCGCUAUGUACCUCCUCCAAAGGGGCUUAUCAGUGACGUGUUUGACCUAUUUUUUGACGAGAAAGGACCAAAAUUUAUAUCUCACGCGGACUUCAAUAAACUCCCUGACGAAGAGAAGAAGAAAAUUCGCAGGGAAAUUAUGGAUAUCCAUGAUCGAAUGUUAGAGGUGUUCAAGUCGAUCCCGAGUGAUUUGAUGCUCAUUUUUAGGAACGUGAACACCAUUCGGGCCAUCACAAAGGACCACGGAAAUGUUGUCGACAGGUAUACCCUUAUGGCCCGGUCGGCGACAAGAGGAGCUUUCGUUUCUCCAAAUGCUUCCCUCUCGCAGUGGCUGAGAGGGCACUGGGAACAAUUCUAUUUUGAUUAUAGCUUGAAAAAAGAGGCAGUGAAGAUGUGGGUCUUCAAGAAAGUCUUAUAUGUGUUGUACCUCUUCGGCCGAGUGCCUGACGUGUCUCAGAUAACCAACGAAUUGUAGUGCUGUAGCAGAAGAUUGGUUACUGUUAGAAGGUAUUGCAGACAAUGAUCAGAAUGACUGAUUAAAUGUUGUUAAUAAAAAAUGGUAUUGAUUUAUAUCUUUUAUUUAGUUAUUUUAUGAAAUUAAGCAAAAACAGAAUCUAUAAAAGAUAGCAAUUUAUAACUACUUCAAAUUUAUUAUGAAGGUCCACACCCAGAUGUACAAUAAGUCGAAAUGUAUUGUUCCCUAAAUCCAAAUGUAAACAGGUAAUACUAAAGAUUCAUUAACAUGAUGGAAGAAUGAAACACUGCAAUGACAGAUAUAUUCAUAUUCUCCUUGGUGGGGAAGACAUGGGUCUAGCUAUUAAGUAUUACUCAGUCUAAAUGCCACCAGGAAUGAGUGUGUUUAAAUCCUUGUCAGGCAGGAUGCUUAUAUAUCAUUUGAUAUGAUUUUAUGAUUGUUAAGAGUAACGACUGAUGGAGUUUGAUUUGAGAUUUGCUGGAAGUGCUGACUAUCACUCAGGAUCAGUAGUUGUUUUGUAUAUUUCUGUAGAAUCUUCCAGAUGCCUGAAUGGUCUAUUUUUUUGUAUAAUAAAGUUUUAAAUUAAACUGAA